UUCCCUCCUCUCGCCGCCGGAGCUCUGGACCUUUCCAAAACCCGGCUCGAGGGGGUGGAGACUCGCCCGGGAGCGGGGAGAGCCGGACCCUGUUCCGGCGGGGUUGCGGAUUCCUCGUGUCCGACUGACCGAGUCCUUCGUGGGGGACCGAGGCAGGGAGCUAGGCGGGGCUGUGCUGAGGGCCGGCGCGGCAGGCGGGGCCGGGCUGAGGGAGAGCCCUGAGUGCGCCCCCACCUCCGCGCGCCUCAGUGGUGCGGGCGGAGGGAAGGACUCGCGGCUGCGGGCCGAGCGCCGCUGUCAGUGCGGCGGGGCGCGCGAGCGGCGCGGGAGCUGGGCAGCCUGACCCGGAGCUGCUGAGGAGGCGGCGGCAGCAGCAGCGGGGGCGACUCCCGCGCGUGUGCUCGGCUCCGCGCGCCGCGACCCUGGUCUCCUUCCUCCUCCCUCGCUCCCUUCCGCCCCCGAGUGCGGCGGCACCGCCUCUGUCCUCGCCGCGCGGCUUCUUCCCGACCUCUCCGAGUGGGUUAUAGGAAAUCUGCUUCCCAGAGGCAUCUGGUACUGUACUGUACUAAUCCAAAGGAGGAAAUUGCUGCCUGACCUUUUAGGUAGCCACCAUGUCCUUGAAAAUCCAGACAAGCAAUAUAACCAACAAGAAUGACCCCAAGUCCAUCAACUCUCGGGUCUUCAUUGGAAACCUCAACACAGCUGUGGUGAAGAAGUCAGAUGUGGAAACCAUCUUUGCCAAGUAUGGCCGCGUGGCCGGCUGUUCUGUGCACAAGGGCUAUGCCUUUGUCCAGUAUGCCAAUGAGCGCCAUGCCCGGGCUGCUGUGCUGGGAGAGAAUGGGCGGGUGCUGGCCGGGCAGACCCUGGACAUCAACAUGGCUGGAGAGCCCAAGCCCAACAGACCCAAGGGAAUAAAGAGAGCGGCAUCUGCCAUCUACAGUGGCUACAGCUUUGACUAUGACCACUACCUGGAAGACUUCUACCACAGGCUCUUCGACUAUCGGGGCCGCCUGUCGCCUGUACCAGUUCCCAGGGCAGUCCCCGUGAAGCGACCCCGGGUCACAGUUCCCUUGGUCCGGCGUGUCAAAACUACCAUACCUGUCAAGCUGUUUGCUCGCUCCACAGCCAUCACCACCGGCUCAGCAAAGAUCAAGUUAAAGAGCAGUGAACUGAAGGCCAUCAAGACAGAGCUGACACAAAUUAAAUCUAACAUUGACUCCCUGCUCGGCCGCUUGGAACAGAUUGCUGCGGCGCAAAAGGCCAACCCAGAUGGCAAGAAGAAGGGUGACAACGGCAGCAACACUGGUGGUAGUGGCGGUGUCGGUGGUAGCGGCAGCAAUGACAAUGGCAAUGGUGGCAGCAGUGGGAGUGGAGGUGGCAGUGGGAGUGGCACUGCUCGGCCACCAGCCGCCCCAGAGGACACAGCUUCUGAGACUUGCAUGCCUCCGACUGAAGUCCAGGCUCGAGAUGAGGGUGACGACGAGGGGCUGCUGACACACAGUGAGGAAGAGCUGGAGCACAGCCAGGAAACAGAUGCAGAGGACCGGGCUUUGCAGUAAGCAGCCUGCCUGGAGUGACGGUCAUUGACAGGAGGAAGGUGCACUGCCCCAGGCCUCAGGCUGGGCAUCCAUCCCAGAUGCCAUCCUCAAGGGGUCCCAGACGAGAACUGGCAGCAGGUGCCUCCUACCAUCCACCUCCCAGCUGGUGCCGCAUCCUCUGAAGAUGGCAUUUUCAGCCUCCCGUCCCCACACUCUCCCUACCGGCACUGCCACACUCUGCCUCCCUCUCUAGGGCACUCCCAAACUUGGGUUUUUUCUAUAGUUUGGAAGGGUUACCACAGGGAGGGGACCCUGACAAUAAAGAGAUUGGACCCCAA